AUGGAUCCUGGUAAACUUCAGUCUAUUUUAAACUGGCCUUUGCCCACUGGACUCAAAGCCAUACAAAGGUUUAUCGGAUUCUCCAACUGUUAUAGGCGCUUCGUUAAUGGGUUUUCUUCCAUAAUAGCACCCAUUACUAACAUGACAAAGAAGGGUGCCAAUACCAAAAUUUGGUCUAUGGAGGCUUUGGCUGCCUUCGAGACUCUCAAGGAGACUUUUGCUUCUGCCCCGAUUUUGGUUCACCCUGACACUUCUCUACCUUUUUUGCUAGAAGUUGAUGCAUCUGAGACAGCCCUGAGACAGGGCUGUACUGUCGCAAAGACAAGGGUUGGAUAA